AUUGCGACGGGUCUAGAUAAGCUAGCUGUUAUACGGAUUAACAUUCAACAUAUGUUAGAGUGGGCAAGCAGAGAACGUCGCGACUGACCGCAAGCAGUCGAAACCCGCACGUCUCAGCGUACGCUCUCCACGCUCCCAAGGUACGCACUUCCCGCCACAAUUCAAACUUCGAACGUUCGAACACCUUUUUUUAUUGCAAGCGCACUCGCGCGUUCAGCCAAAACUGACCUGCCAGUGUCCAAAUCGCGGCCGUUGACAUCGGAACAUUUGAAAUGGAACGCUUUACAGAAAUUUAUUUUCAGCGGUUUUCGAACGCGUUUUUGAUUUCUGGCGGGAACGUGUGACGUGAAGUUUUUUUUUUAUAAUUGACAGUGAUCGUGACUAAUCUGCCUGAAAGUGAACAAUGGUGAAUUACACUUAAUAUUUAUCAGUGCUUUUAUUACAUCAAGAAUUAGAAGAAAGUUUUAACUAUAAAGCGCAAGGAUGCGUGCGGGGGUGUGGUGCGUGGCGCUCGCCCUGCUGGCCGUCGGCGGCGCUCUCCGACCCACACAGGCGGACGGUACGACGCGGGUAGGCAGAAGACUGCCAAUACACACAUCCACAGAAAAGAGCGCUCUUGAACAAGAGCAUGCUUCUACUCCAAGAAGAGGGUCGAGGAGAAGAGAAGAAACCUCGCCACGGCAAGCUGUGCGAAGAACAAGGACACGUACUCCACAAAUUGAAGAAGUCACUGAACCUGAAACUAAACUGGAAACCAACGAACGCUUCGAUUCGAGAAAAGCUUACAGUCGGACCCGUAACAGGCCCGAACCAGAAGAAGAUACUCCUAAAGCUAACGUUAUUAGAAGUAGAACGCGAUAUAAUCGACCAGCUCCAACCCGACCCACCCUUACUACAAAGGCACCAGAGGUGACUUCUCCCAAUAUAGAUGAAAGCAAAAUAGAAGUCAUCAAUUCAACUCUAGAUGAAAUAACCAAAAUGGUUUUCAAAGAUUAUGAACCUGUAACACAAUCUAAUCGCAGAACGUCAACUCGAACCAUUGCAAAUGUCACUCAACGAAGACGUGGCCGAUUCAGUGCUAGAACCAAUGAGCAAGCAGACCUUAACAGUUCGGGAACGACAAAUUCCAUUUCUAUUUCUGAAAAGAUAGGUCCCGCUACUGACAAAAUGAUAGAUCUAAGAGGUUCCCGAAAAUUAAGGUAUAAACAGCGGCUGUCAGAAACUGAUACCAAUUUAACGGGUGUUGGUAUUACGGCUUCAAAUGAGGUUCCACAGUCUAGUCAAAAGGAGACCCCUAGUCAAGAGACCAAGCUAUCUUCCCCGGUAGAAAAUGUUCAACAAAGCACUGAGACGAACCCUUUGAAAACGACGACUUUGAAGGUCAUGAGGAUAGUCAGACGGCCUGUCCAGAGAGGAAAGGGAAGCUUCAAGCCUACCGCGUCCGAGUCUCUACCUAAAAAACGUUCAGAUGAAACACAGAUUACCUCUCCGAAUGACGAGAGUCUGACCUUGAAAGCAUCACAGAAAGUUUACAAUUCUUUUGCGCCAGCACAACAGUCAACACUAAGUUCUCUUAAAAAUAAAUACUCACGGUUACGACCUAAACCCAUUGUAGAGAAAGAAUUAAAAAGUGAUCUCAAACCUGAUGAUAAACGUACAGAAAACACUGUAGCGCCAAAAACGCUUUCCACCCAAGAACCCAGUUAUAAGUUUCGGUCUCAACAAACCACACGAAGCAGAAAAUUUAGUCACCUGACUUCAACUUCAACCGCCUCAAACAUAGAACAAAGCAGUGAUAAACCCACUUAUAAAUAUAAUAGAAAAUUUAAAAUGAGCACUACCGAGGCUCCCAAAACGGAGCCAAAACUUAAUUCCAAACGUGUUGAAACUAACAAUCUCUUAAAAAAGUCGUCACAUAGACCUACAUUUUAUUCAAGAAGAAAUUCAAGCAAAAGUGACGCCAGUACGACAACCACAAGUAACGAAGAAAAACUUAAUCUAGGAAGUGCUUUAGAAAGUAUUGCGAAACACAAAGCAUCAUUGCAGAGGACAUCUUAUUAUAGUCGGCAGAGAAAUAGUAAUAAAGUCUUAACUCCAUCUAUUCCAUCGACAGAAGAGCCUUUUAAGGAUAGUAACAGUGUCAUAGAAACUGCUGAUAGAAAAAACGCAAAUAAUGUAGAUAUGCCCUUGAUAUAUACAUUAUUAAAACCCACCGACGUUUCACAAAAUGAAAACAAACUAGAUAUUUCACAAAAUGAGAACAAUAGCGAAAAACCACAUAAAAUGUUUGUCAUUGCAGUAACAAGUAAAGAGUCUCAUGAAUCCAGUACAGAAAAUGAAAUGACAUCUAAUACUGUUGAGGAAACUGAAGUAAAACCUUUCGUGGGUUCAUCGACUCCAAAAUAUCAUGCGACUUAUACAGUUCCUCAAACUACGGCUAAAGCAGAAGAACAUGACGUUUCGAGUGCUGUGCCUCCAAUUAGAAACAUUCCGACUCGAAAAUUUGGACGAGGCAGAGUUAGCUCCAGAAGUCAAAAUGAUGGAGUCUCAGAAGAACCAGUGACGAGGGACAGGGGUCCCGGGAAGUAUACUGAUUCAUAUACAAAAACCACUGAAGCUUCUACCAAUGGGAUAAAUCCGGACUCUGAAAAGUCUAGACAUAGAUUCAGCUCUAAAUAUAGAGCUUCGCAUGACAAACCAGUUUAUAGAGCAACUGUGCCCACGGUUACACCGUCAACUAUAGAGGGAGAAGAAUAUCAAUUAGGGCCAGAUAUGAAUGCUAUCACGUUUACUCAAACACGAAGUCCAGCUGAACUAUUGAAACUAUCAGAAAGCUUGGUGAAACCACACGUCAUGAAUGUUGAAGCUUCACAACACUCCCAGUCAGUUACUGUAUCAAUAUUCGAUGCUUUGGCUGAAAUCCUUACGUCCACACCCAGAAACCGACUAUCAUCUACAACAGAAGUACAAAAACAAAACAUUAAAACCGAUUCUAUACAAUCACUCAACGUCGUGAGUAGCAACAUUAAUGUAAAUAGCGGAGUUUUGCCAAGUCAAGACACGUUGAAUGUUAUUGUAAACACUAAUGUACAAAACACUGACAAGACACUAAAUGUGAAUAACCCAUCGGUUGUGGCUGGCGCAGCAUCGGCGCCGACAACGCCCCAGUCUUUACCCACACCCCUCCCCACUACUCCUGUUUCCGCAAGGAAACCUUUCGCUUUCAAAGUCUUAUACUCAGAACCAACAGACAAACUUACGACUGCACCAGAACCAACAUCAAACCAGCCAUCGACUGACAACCCAUCAACGGUAUAUAACACUGUUUCUGAUCUUUUGUUGUCUAAUAACAAUGUAGUGUCGUCUGAACUAACCAGCAUGUUGUCUAGUAAUAUUAACAAUAUACUCCGAAAUAUGGACGACAGGACUAAAUCUAGAUUGUCCGCAGACAUGAAUAGAAUAUUGAAGAGUUUGAUUCCCAGGGCUAUAGAAGGUUUAGAUGACAAUGUAGACUCUACCCCAAACACCACUCCCUACAGUUUGGAGGACAUCAAAGAUACAGAAAACGUAAAUUUUGAUGUUAACUUAAACAUAAACGGUAACCCUGCGUCCUUUGAUCUUCUUCAAACUGUAGGUACCACCAGCAAUGUAAAUAUCACAAAUGGUGUUGCUAAUACAGUUAAUGGUGUAGAACACCCUGAUUUUACUCAGGAUGGUAAUAACCAAGGUAUUUCACAAUUAGCUAGUAUUUUGUCAGGAUCAAACGAGGGACGAACGACGACAGCUAACGUAAAUAGAUUCAUAGCAACUCCCACAACUACUAUAACCGUAACACCUUCUGAUACUACCAGUGCUAAUUUAGCUUCGUCAUUCGUUCCUGAAAAUAGCGAUAGUGUUGUUAUAGAGACGGGGGUUAACAAUAAUACUUCACCCAAUAGUCCGAAUGUCCCCUUCCCAUUUUUAACGAAUUUCCAAAAAGAUGAUUUCACUACGCAGGAAUCAGGUAAUUUUAAUAACACAUCAGUUUUGCAAAGUGAUCCUAUACCAUUCAGUUCACCUGCAACACCAUCUCAAAAUGACGACGAUUCUAACAUUCAGGACAUCAAUGACGUGACACCCCUUCAGCUGUGGAUAUUAUCUAAAAAAGCACGAGUACUGAAAAUGAUUGAAGACCUUAUACGUGACCAUAACAACGAACUGGCUAAUGCGACUGCACUGACAGAGAUGUUUAGACAAUCCGAUAGCUCUCCUAUUUCUGAACGACUGACUGAAAUAAUGAGUACUAUGAACUCGACGACAAAAUCAACCGACUCCGAUGACUCUUCUCUUUCUACUACUCCUUCUCUUCCUACUCUCCUUUCUACUUUGCCCUCAAACGAAUCUUUCGAAACUACCUUCACUAUAAGUACUCCAUCGUCUGAAGUCACCAUCAGUAAUGAAUCAUUUACAACGGUAUCAGCUCGUUUAGAUGACAUUAGUACAAGUACAUCUUCUACAUCGAGCAAUGCAGAGACUGCUACUGCUAUGUCAACGACGGAAGCUGCCGUUGAACUAUCGAAUAGAUCAAUAAACGAGUCCACAACGGCAACAGCUAUACAGGAAACAACCACGCAGAGCAUUGAAACGGUCACGCCUACAGACGUCGCAACCACAACGCAAACGAAUCAAGAAACUACGACUCAAAAUGAUAUCGAAACAACUACCGAGAUAUCGACAUCGGCACUUAAUUUAAAAGAUAGCAGUAGAGGUGUAACUACUGUGGCUAGUAAGCCAGCUGAGCAAAGCACAGCCUCGCAUGUUUUGAGUUUACGCACAACUACAAUGCUACCCUCUGUCGAUGAGAUUCUGCUUAAUAGUAUAUCUUCGGCCGCUAAAGAGGAAAUGGUUAUAUCAUCAAUGACGAGUUCCACUCGCCAGCCUACAAUAUUAACACUGGAUAUUGAUCCGGAGACCAAACAAAUACGCACUGAGAAGCCUGGUGAAAUUAAAUUCAUAUCUAUCGACGAAGUGACCACUACUACAUCUCCAAACUCGAAUGUCUUAAAGUUGGCUUCCAGCAAAUCACCCACUACAACUGUAACUAGUCAAAUGGAGUUAGUUACUGAAUCCAGUACACAGACACCUCAGAUUCCAACACAAGUACAAAAUGAUGAUCAAACAACUACGGUUCAAGUACCUGCAGGAACUACUACAGAUGUUGUCUCAGAAUCAACUACUGUGCAGAGCGUGCUAACGACAAUCACUACUGAGGCUAGCACAACUCCAUUAACAACCAUUGAACCGGUCGCGACUACAACCAUGGCUCCAAUGACAACGACCACCGAGACUACGACGACGAUGACGACUACUGCGAAAGCGAUAGAAACGACAACCGAAGUUAGAACUACUUUAAGAACAACGACUGUACCACCAACGACGGCUGCACCGACGACUGCUGCUGAAACUAUACUCCCUUCGACAGCUACCCCUUCACCCACCGAAGGAGUUACUAAAGAAGAUUCAAAAAGAUAUCAAGAAGAUGCAGCACUUUUAGAGGCAAUUUUGAGUGGGGCUGAACGUCUUCCUAAAAAAUUUAACUUCAAUAAUUUAGAUCAAAACACCGGAACUUCAUCUGUUAAUACUCAAACGAAGCUAGCAUCAGUAACUAAACAGAGCGACGACGACAAAUUUCUACAACAACUUCUCUCGGUCGCUGGCAGAAAUCCGCAAACUCUAACGGUUCCAAAUAUUGGAGGUAACAUUAAAGUUGACGGCGUGCAAACUACAACAGCUCGUUCCAUAGAAGAUGAUAUACGACAAUUUGAAGAAGAUACGAAAUUGUUGAAAGCCCUGUUGGCAGCCACAGGACAAGACCCAGCCAAAUUUAACAUACCGACUUUAGACAUUAAAACUACAACAUUGCUUCCUACGACAGUUACGACAACAACAUCUAAACCCACUGAAACAACAAGAGCACAAACAACCACACCGUCAAUAGACGCAGACAUAACUCGAUUCCAAGAAGAUGCUAAACUCUUACAAGCGCUUCUACAAGCUACCGGUCAAAAUAAUGGAAACUUUAACAUCCCUGUUAUAACGGGAAUAACGUCAAAUGUCAGGAUAGCGUCUAAUCCGCUCACGACAUCUCUGGGGUCGAAUCCCACAACUCCUAUAAACGUUAGGCCAAUAUACACAACUUUGAGAACGACGACGUUGCCCCCUACCACUGUUACUGUACCUACUACGUUCCAGCCUCGUGCAACCGACUCUACAACUGCUCGGAUUUCUACCACAUUCGCGCCAUUCAGAAGAAGACCAACUGUAAUAACUUUAGCUACGGAUCCAACAACUGUGGCGACCGCUCGACGGGUUCCAAUUCCUGGCUUCACUGUAACAACAGAGAUUCCUACAUCAUCUACUUUUUCAGUUGAAGAAGAUUUAGCUUUCCUGAACAAUCUGAAAUCUGUCCUUAACACAAAUACAGAUAGUACGGAUCCUGAAGCUGCAUUAGCGAAUCGCAUCAUAGCUCUUGCAGUAGACAGAAGUUUGAAUGAAAUCAAAUCAGGCCAAGGAACUGAGCGCACGGGAAAGAAUCUGGUACCUACUACGGCCCCUACCACAACGACCACUACCACAACGACUACCACCACAACGACCACCACCACACCGCGGCCUACCACAGCUCCUCCUAGCACACCAUCCAUAGAAGAUGAUUUGAGACAGUUUCAAGAAGAUACUAAACUCUUGCAGGCUUUGCUCAAGGCAACUGGACAAGAUCCAUCUAAAUUUAAUCUACCGACAAUCCCAAACAUAAACGCUAAUGUGAGUCCGAAAAUACCACCAGGAGUUCACAGUGAAUUAAAUCUUCUUUCUAACCUUCUUGCUUCACCUUCACCUCUCAAUGAGCCAUUCGAUUCUCUCACUCAAAAACCUAAAGAGCAAAUAAAGACGACUACACCUACAACUCCUAAACCUUUCGGCGCAAAGAUUGCAGUAAAAGAUGACGUAAAGAAUGUAUCAGAUGAUGGGAAAUUGUUACAAACUUUAAUAAAAUUGCAGGGUGUGCAAGAAACCACGACGCAAAAGAGUAAAAUUGCUAUUACAGGGCAAUCAACAGACGAAGCAUUAAAGAAACUGAUCCAGCAAACAAAGUCGCCAAGUAUGGUGCAGGAUGCGACCAAGAUGCCGCUUGCCAUCAGCACGGAAUACGGAAAGAGCAACGACGCACUCCUCGCUGCCCUGUUGAAGGAGCAAGGCUUCGGUCCCACCACCGCCAGCUCUCUGGACGAGCAACUCCGUCUCGCCGCAUUGCUCAAUCAAGUGGUAGUGACGCCGAAAGCUAGGCGGACGACGACGCCGCCGCCGCCGCCGCCACCGCCGGCGCCGAGAAGACCAAUCUUGGACGGGCUGGCAUGGCUCUGGCAGCAGUGGCGAGAGACGGGGCCUGGAACAGGAGCCAAGAGACCAAAUAGAAGACCAGAUCCCUCCCCUACGGCCGCGGUGUCCGCGUCCCAGGCGACGAGCAACAGGGUCAACUGGUUUGGCUCGGGGCCUUUCGUCGGGAACGCGGACGAUAGGCCAAACAACAGAAUACCUCUGGACCCCCCGAGGGCAGUGACCUCGGAGCAGACCCCGGGACGAGGACAGCUGGUGUCCGCCGCCAUUAACGUCACCAGGGCCUUCUCGCAGUUCUUGGGGGCUGCUAUUCAGGGAGCCGCCCAGACCGUCCAGAACGUGAUCCGGGCGGGGCAGCGCGCAGCAACUGAUGUAUACAGCAAUGGCUCCGGAGCUUCAGGAUAACGUCUGCCGAACCGCGCAGAACCAGAGAAUCAGAUGUAAUGUUCCCCCAGAGCAGUGGUGGGCAAACUUUCUUAAUGGCGGGCCAGAAAGCUUAAGAUAUUUCGGAGGAGGGCCAACAUUGCCGCAAAUAUGCAUUAUUAUUUCGCGGUCUAUGUACAGAUUGUUUCGAAGAACAGGCGGCGGGCCGGGUAAAAUCCUUUCGCAGGUCGGAGCUGGCCCGCGGGCCGAACUUUGCCCACCACUGCCCCAAAGGCCGAUUUUUAAAUUUCGAGCGCUCGAUUUCGUCACUCGCAAACCUGUGGAAAACGGCGAAAUGCUACUUUUGAAAUACGAGCGAUAGAAAUGAGAAUCUAGUGGUAUUGACCACUUCUUUUCAAUUCUAUUACUUAAUAGAAUUGAAAUGCCUAGUAGAGUAGGGGCCAGACUCGGCCAGAGCCAAUUUCGAAAUUCAAAAAUCGGCAGUAAGGGAAAUUAAAUUAAGGAAUUUGAAGAGUUAGAAUAUGCAACUGUAGAUAAUAGGGGUGGGCAAAUCUUUUUGUACGAUGGGCCACAAAACUGUAUGGCCCAUCAUAGGGGUGUUUCUGAACUAAUUUUUAUCAAGCAGAUAUGUUUGCGAGCGAUAUUAAAGAAAUUUUAUUAAUGAUAUUGACAUUAUGGAAAAUAUUUUUACAUAGGUACGUUGGUGUAUUAACCAUUGCUAUGCCCCUACGUUAGACUUUUUUAGAUUUUUUGAUAAUUGUAAAAAUUAGGAGCGAUAAACAGAUUUCAUACAAAUUUUUAAACACUUCUAACUUUUAUAAUAAUUGAAAAUUCGAAAAAAAGUAGGGGCAUAGCUAUUGUUGAUAUUACAACAAAUUGUGUCAAAAUAUUUUCAAUAAUGUUAAUAUCCAUAGAGGAAAAUGAGGACUACAUUUCGUAUGCUUCGGUACGUCAGUUAUAUACGAGCGAUCGGACCGGUGUUCCGAAAUUUCGCAAUUUCAUGUCGCCCGGAGCGUUGAAUUUUUAAAUUUUUCCUUUAAUUUCUUUUAUUAUUCAUAAUUUUUCUGCACUACAAGGUCUUCGAACAAAGUUGGCCUGUGGGCCUUACUUUGCCCAUCCCUGUUCAAAAUGUGUCCUUCAACUGCGAUUCCCCACAUGCUCGGAGUGACACUGUUAACUUUUACGAAAGUAUCUAGUAUGCACAAUGUGUGGAGUGCUCAACAUGUAAAUAGCUAGAAUAGUUUAGGGCAGGGGUUCCCAAACUGUGCGCCGCGGCGCCCUGCCGGCCUAGCCAAGGUGACAUCGCUAUCGCUUUGACAACGAAACGCUAUCUGUCUCUCUAUCACUCUUCUAUAUUAAUGCGACAGUGACAGUUGAAUUUCGAUCGAUAUGGAGCGCAUAGGAUUUGCAUGUUGGUUACGCGGCCUGGUGCGCUUAAACCAGUAAAGAGGUGCGUCGAGAGGCAAUCCUCCUAUUUCAAAUAGCCUAGCUAGUAUGGAAGGUAGGUAAGGAAUAGAAUCUCCAUAUACCAGUGUCCGUCAAAAAACGUUAAAUAGAAGGCGCUACAAUACCUAGAAUACAUGAAAAACAUAGACAGCGCACUUCACUCUGUCGGUAACGCCUAGGUUCUUACUGUUCUUAGCUACUCUAGUGCUACUCUGGAGAGAUUUGGAAGUAUUAUUUAUAGCUGACAGCUGGACACUUUUGCAACAGUUCUGCGUAUGGAGAUUGUAUUCUAUAGCUAAGUUACGGCGCCGAGAUUAAGUUUUAAACUUGCAAGUGAUGAACUGAAAAAGAUUGGGAACCCCUGGUUUAGGGAACUAAUUGAAAUUGAGCUUUUCAUCUUUUACGCAUGUUCCUAAAACUUACUGAAAUAUUUAAUUCUUCGUAAUUUUUGGUUUUGGAUAUUUGGAUCUAAAUGAUCUUAUUAGACUGUAGGUAAUGAAUGUGAUUUUAGUGCUACUUAGUUUUAAUAUUUAAUUAGUGUUUUGUAAAUAAAUAACGCAAGUUAGGGACUUUUCCAAACGUUAGCAAUGUAUUUUUGUUGCGAAACUUAACAGUGCUUCCGAGGUAAGCUAAAUAUAUAAGAAAUUGGGAUAGAUUUGGAUAAAUAAAGUAAUUUAUGAUCACGCGCCAUAUUGCGGAAUUUCAUUAGAACUAAACUUUUCAUACUUAAAUGAACUGUCACCAUACAUGGGAAUAACAGCGCCCUCUUGACAAUUAUCAUAUAUUUCUUGUCGGGCGUUAAUUAUAAA